AUGCACAUCAAACCCAUUCACGGGCCCACGGCAACGUCAUGCAAUGUCGCUCCAACAGUGCCGCCCCUGGAGGUGACGGUGGACGGACUGGACGCCCCCCUCCGCGCCGGCAUCGAGGCCAUCCUCAUGUGCCGCUCCGUCGGCUCCCUCCCCACCGCCAGCCUUUCCUGGCGGCUGCACGACUCCUCCAGCCUCAUGCCUCUGCCUGCUCAGUCUUCGCUGGACCAGAACACGACCAUCGGCCGGGGUCGUCUCCUCCCCACGCCGAGAGACAACGGCCGAGCCCUCACCUGCACCGCCUCCAACCCCAAAGUGAAAGAAUACUCCCUGAACAGCACUCACACACUACAGGUGCUCUGUGAGGGUACAGGAAUCGGGGCAAAAUAUGAGGGAAAAAGAGAUCCAGCAAAAGAUAAGAACAAACUUCUGCCUGUAAACGUCGUAGUUUCUUAUGAGUCGAUAUCUUAUUGUGCCCAACGAAAAGACCUGGAUGAUCUAAAAUUAGAUUGUGCUGUAAGAGUGUGCGUUUGUAGCUGUGGUUUCCGCCAUGGCCCACACAUUGCCCCCGAAGUGUCCGUCAGACUAGCGCCGGCGUUAGACCCUGACAACAUCUGGGAAAAGGCUGAUGUUUAUUUUGAGUGUGUUAUUCAAGCAAACCCAAAGAAAACGAGAGUCAUAUGGCUACAUGAGGGCCGAGAGCUGCGAGGCGACAGCGAGGACGGCUUGCUGGCCGACCGCGUGCUCGUUCAGGGGGAGAACCUGGUGAUGCAGAAGGUGACCCGGCACGCUCAGGGAAGGUACCAGUGUCGCGUCACCAACACCAUCGAUACUGUGACCAGCUCCGCCACAAUCCUUAACGUCAUGUUUGCGCCGGAGUGCAAGAAGCCACGGAACGAGACAGUGUCGGUGACCCCAAACGAAGAGGUCAAACUCAACUGCUUGGUUGAAGCCAAUCCGCCUGAUGUCACGUUCGUUUGGAAGAUCAACAGCAGCCGCGGCGUCAAGGAGCUGGACAGCAGCAGCUACAGCAGCCGCAGUCGGUCCUCCACGCUCGUGUACCGCCCCAGCACGCAUGCCCACGGCACCGACCACUACGGUGUCGUCUUCUGCCUCGGCAGCAAUAAGGCCGGGAAGCAGAGAUUGCCGUGCAUGUUCGUCAUCAGCCCCGCAGGUCUGCUCUUCCCCCGGAUUGUUCAUGUGCAUGAUUCAUCAGUCCUGCAAAACUACAGUAUCUUUGUUGCGCGUCAUACGACAGGUGUUGAGUGCAGCCAUUACUGUACUCCCAUGUCUAUCCCACUGUAUAAGUGCCGUCCCCCAGAAAAGCCCAAGUCCUGCACCCUAGUCAACCAAAGCCCAACGUCGUUGGCGGUGACGUGUCAGCCCGGCCACGACGGCGGCCUCGAUCAGCACUUCAUUGCCACGGUUGAGGACGCAGCAACGCGAAGGGUGGUUGCAAACGUAACGUCGACGUCGCCUGACCUGACGGUGGAAGGACUGGCUCCGGGACGCGAUUACCUGGUCAAGGUCACGGCCGUCAACCAGAAGGGAAGGUCUUCUCCGUUCACGCUCGAGGGCUUCGCUCUCAAGGUGGCCGAAAAUAAGAUAAGUGAGUAG